AUGUCAGCGAACGGAGAAGCGAUGUCUCAAAACAGCACCGAGAUGGCCGACACAGGAAAAGGCAAGGGCAAGGCUGUUGAGCAGCCAGACAUGAUAGAGGAAGAUGACGAAUCUGAAGAUGAGAGUGUCGCUGAGGAGCCACUCGAGCCAGAGGAAGAAGACGACGAAGAUAUGGAAGAAAUCGACCCCAACAACAUCGUCCAAGGUCGCACCCGCCGCAAGCAGAUCGACUGGGCCGAGGCAGAGCAGAAAUCAAAAGAUGCGGGUGAUGACUUGGAUGACGAUGAUGACGAUGACGACGAGGAUUUCGAGGCCGAGGAUGAUGACGAGGAGAUGAAGGGUUGA